AUGGCUAUAGCGAUAGAAUUUCUGUCACGGAUAGCUCGGUUUAUCAUCCCAAGCAACAACCUCGUCGGUGCAUUUCUAGCUCUCAAUAUCUGUGCCUGCAUCAUCGUCUUCGUCAUACAGAAAUGGAAUGCCUCUAGCAGAUUAUCGAGAUCUUCUACUCCUGACCUAGAGAAGCCGGCUUCAAGGGGUAGGGAGAAGAUCACCAGGAAUUUCGGAGAAUGGACGCCAUCGGAUUUUAAACGACCAACGGCACAGCCAUAUCCUGACUGGGACGUUCAUACUUCCAAGCCCAUUCCCUAUCGACCAUUUCGAUAUGGCCCAAAGUACUUUGUCACGAUGGGACUACGAAGUUUGAAGUUCGAUGAAUGGAUUGAACUUGACAACCACUAUUUAAAAUUUCACGCCGACAAAGCCAAACGCAUCACAGAGCGUGGCGAGAAAUGCUACGGAACAGCACCGGAAGCCAUGGACGGCGCAAUCGAACUAUUAGAGGAAUUAUGUGACUAUCUCCCAGAAAGAUACCCAACAAUGUUCCAAAAGACACCUACAGGAAUAACAAACACAAUCACCCACGAAACUUUCAAUAUCACCCAACGACCCCUCCCAGAAGACCCAAUGGCAACAGCUGCCCGGCUAAUCCAAGACGACAUAGCCCUAAUGAUCGAAAAGCCAGACGGAGAAUACUACCUGCUAGCAGGUGCAAUCCUCCUCGCCGGAUUCUGGCGCUUGCGCGACAAAUUCGGAAUGCCAUUAUCAGAGAUCCACACAUCAGGCUCGGUACCGCAAUACGAAGAAAAACUCGAAAAAGGAAUGAAGAAUUUCUUUCGUAGGCUUAAACCCGAAGAGCCCGUUCUCCGGAAUAAUUAUUUCAUUCAGGUUGAUGACCAGCUCGCCUGGUCACCCAGUAUCGGGUCCGAAGAUGCGGAAGAAGUAUCGUGGAAUACGGCUGAGAAGAAUCGGGCUAUUGAGCAUCACUUUUUCAGGUCAGAACGACAGUCUCUGAGACGGUUGCCGAGGUCAGGAGCUGUGGUUUUUACUAUUAGAACUUAUUUUGAGCCUAUUACGGAGAUUGUCAAGGAGGAUUAUGUGCCUGGUAGGUUGGCUUCUGCUGUAAGGAGUUGGGGGGAUGAUGUGUCGAGGUAUAAGGGCAAGGAAAAGUAUCAGGACGUUUUGUUGGAGUACUUGGAUCGCAAACAUGAUGAGCAGGUUGCUGCGGGUUUGGAGGUUGAUAAGGAGGGUGAGACGCGGAGUUAUCCAUAUUGA